ACACCAGUGCUUGGACUGCCUGGUUUUUCAUUUCCCUCACUUCUCCCCAAGAGUUUUCAGGAAGUUUGGAGGAGGGACAAAGCAGUUUCUGUCUCUCUUUUUUUUUAGUCAUAACGGGCCCCUUCGUGGAGAUGGAGAAGGAGGAAAGGUCUGCCCGGAUCUGGAUAUAGAGCACCCAGUGACUCUUCCCUUCUGCUGCUAAUAGGCUUUUAGGCACUGGGACCCCUUUGCAGACAGAGGCUGGGGAAGGGGAGGAGGAGGCAGAAGAAAGGGAGGGAGGCCAGUACAGAAUGGAACUGCGGGUGCUGUUCAAUGCCCUGGUGACUCGGCUGCUCUUUGUCUUGCAUUCCCUACUUGCAGUCUGGAGAGUGACUGAAGUGAAGAAGGAACCCAAAUAUUGGCUGCUGGCACUGAUUAAUCUUUUCCUUUGCUUGGAAACAGCACUCACUCUCAAGUUUAAGCAAGGCAGAGGCUACAAAUGGUUUUCACCAGCAAUAUUCAUCUAUCUGAUUAGCAUUGUACCAUCAUUGUGGCUUUUGGAGCUUCAUCCUGAGAUUCAGUUUUGCUCUAACAAAACUGACUCGAUUGCACAGAACAAUGGUAACCAAGAUCAGCAUUAUAAUAGAACUGAGACCAGCGACAACCUUCUAUUAGAGAAGGCCCUGGAUCUUGUGAACACCCUCUCCGCAGUAUGUGAUCCAGUCUGGACCUUGGGACUCCAUCAGACUUUUCUACUGCUCUUAAUUAUUGGGCGAUGGCUGCUUCCCAUUGGUGGUGAAAUUACCCGGGACCAGUUGUCACAACUGCUUCUUAUGUUUGUGGGUACUGCGGCAGAUUUACUUGAAUUCACUAGUGAGACAUUGGAAAUAGAGAAUGUAAGGAACAACCAUGUUCUUGUAUAUGCAAUUCUAGCAGUAUGGACUUGGAGCAUGCUGCAAUUUCCCCUGGAUCUUGCAGUGCAACAUGUAGGGUGUGGCCCCUCCAACUCCUCCAAGAAAGUCUUCCGUUUGCUGCUCUGCAGACACAGCGCAGACCUCUGGAACAUUGGCAUCAGCUUAUUCAUCCAAGAUGGCCCUUUCCUCGUUGUGCGCUUGAUCCUGAUGGGUUACUUUAACGUCAUUACCCAGAUGCUGGUGUUUUUCACAGCUAAGAAUAUCUUAAGUGUGAUGUUACAGCUGUACCGUCUUGCAGUAUUGUCAUUAGACUUUCAUGCCUCCCUACAGUAUCAGUCAAACAGCCGGAAAGGAGGAGUUGCCUGCUGCCCUUGUGAGCCUAACAAUAUCAGCCUUCCACCCAACAAUUGUGAUACCGAUGAAAAGGCGUGUGCUUCCAUUCCUCUGGAAGAUUCCAUCCCUGCUGAAUGCCUGUGAACUCAGAUCUUUUAUUCUUGAUCUUCAGUUGUUUCCUCCCUGGACCAUUUUUGAAGGGAUCGGCAUUAUCUAAUGGCCCAUUCAGUUCUGACAUAUUUCCUGUCCACUACAUUCUGAAUGUUUGAUUCUGACAACUAGGAGGAAAUGCUGGAGCAGCAACUUGCCUGAAUGGAAACACUUCAAUCCUACUGACUUAGCGUGGGCCGACACAAAAUCUAUAGUGUAUUUAUCCAACAGGAUUAAGUAGAAGCAGUUUUGUGCAACUUUUUUUUAUUAAAAAUGUGAUGCAUUACCUGACUCGGUCAUCGACUAUGGACGCUAGCAGAAUAUACCCCCGAAAUUCAGGCUUGGCUCUGUGGCAAAUGACCUCUCUGGAGAACCAUUUUAAAUGUGACAACUGCACUGAAGUGCAAGUGAAUGAAAAGAAAGAAUUCCUUUUGCCAAUCUGACAAUGGAAAUUUCACAUUCAGUGAACACAAAGCCAGCUGGUUUACAAUUACGUCUUUCUUGGCUGGACUGAAUGUAAUAAUAUUGAGCCGUGGAAGAAUUUCAGAAGAUCGUGGAAUUCUUUCUUCCAGAUAUAAUCAAAGAAGACAUUUUGCCUCAGAUCUUGCUUGAUGUUGGCCAUGUUUGAUUUAAACUUAUCAUGAUUCACUUUACUAAAGAAUUUUCACAGAAGGCAUUUUCCUCUUACAUUUUAGGGCAAUUUAACCAUUUGCCUAGAAUGAUCUAGCUCAAGAUUGGCAAAAUGUGCCUCUCUGGAUGUUGCUGAUUGCAAUUCCCAGCAUUCUCAGGGCUGAUGGGAAUUGCUAUCCAAUAGCACUGGGAGGGCUAUAAUUUCUCCUGGACCUGUACAUAAUUAAAGAUUUUUAAAAAAAACAUGUUGGUAAUUGGACUAUUAGACUGACGUCUGGCUGUGUCAGACUGAAUUAAUGAAAGAAGUAUUCAUUAUUAUCAUAAUCACUACUAUAAGGAUUGCAUGCUGACAAUAUAUUUUUAAAUGAAAACAUGCAAAAAAGAUAAAUUGAUUUCUUCAACAAUUUUCAUAUUAAAAUAGAAAUAAAA